GCGCAGGGGCCGAUGACAGCGACAGGAACCAGGGAGGAGGCGAGCGGGAGUGACCAGUCUCAGCAUGCCGCAUCCUCGGAAGGCAGUUGCUCUGACUGCUCUGACGCUGCGACGGAGCCCGACGAAAAAGAAGCCGAGUCUGCUUCACCUGCUCAUUCGCUUCCACUGCGGUCAGCUUCUUCCAACACACGGCGGGUGCAGGAGGGCCCAGAGGGAGGAGACACUGCGGGGGAACCUCGUGAGGAAGACGCUGGCCAAGGUGACGGGAGCGUCGAGACAGAGGUUGGGGAGAAGUCGAAGUUAGAGCUGAGGGAGUCAGAGCAAGAAGAUGGGGGGGAAGGGAGAAACUCGUCGUGUGAGGUGUUGGAGGAUGAGGGGAGCUGGAAGAACUCGACAGGGCUGAAUGAGGGCGACGCUCUCGAUGCCAACCAGACGUUGGGCGAUCAGAAUCUCUCCAAUGCCAUGGGCGGAGGAAGAGAGCUCGCAGACGCCUCCUCUCCCUCCGAUGGUGAAGGAUCGGAUGCGACGCCGCACAACAAGACAGGGGAGCAAGGAGAGGGGCAGGCUAAUGAGGGAGAGAAGAAACUUGCAGAUGAACAGAGGAAGCGGCUUGUGGAUGAGCAGAGAAGGGUAGCCAUGGGGCUCAUAUCAUCCCCGUCCCGUAUCGGGGAGCUGUCCUUCUUCCACAAGGUGCCGGAGAAGAUCAAGAUGCUGGAGAUCAACCACUCGUUCCUGCAGUCUUACAUGGAGGAGACGAAGAAGCAGUACGACGAGUCAUUCGAGGACAUGCAGACAGACGUCAAGACCCUCCAGUCUGCCACGUCGGACGUCCGAGGCGAGCUCACCGCCAUCGCCACCAACCUGACGGAGCGGAUCAAGACCCUCGAGAAUCACUCGGCGUUGCUGGAGGCGAAGUUCGAGGAGCAGGCGCAGAUGAUGUCGGACCAGCUGAAGGAGCUCGAGGCGCUGCGAGCCUUCAACGAGCGGAACCUCCUCCUCCUCCAGACGGUCGUGGCCCUCCUCGUCGUCGGCAUCUUCUUGCAGCAGGGCAGGUCGAGGACGGAGAACGUGUCCUACCUUAGGAGGGCCUGGAUGAAGAUGCUCUCGAGCGACUGGCGCUACUUCGGGCUGAUCCAGG